AUGGUUGAUUGCAAUAUUUGCUACUGUAAUUAUAAAGAAGAAGAAUGCUACACACUUCCAAAUUGUCUUCAUCAAUUUUGCAAAAGCUGUCUAUCUGAAUAACUAAAAACAAAAAUAUAAUCUCAAUAAAUAGAUUUAUCUGAUUUUAAGUGUCCCUAAUGUGGUCGACUAUUUAAUCCUGAGAUUAUUGAGCAUUUCCUAUCACCAGAACUAUAUAAAAAGUAUUGUGAUUAUGCAUUUCAAUUUAAUAAAAUAAUGGGAUUAGAGGAUAAUGAAUUACUCACAAAUUGUUUAAAUGAAAAAUGUAUUGAAAAGUUUAUAAUAUGGAAAGAUGCAGAAUAUAUGUAAUGUCCCUCAUGUAAAAUGAAAUUUUGUAGAAAAUGUUAACUUGAAUAUCAUGCAGAUAAGGGAAUUUCAUGCGAAUAAUAAAAAGAACUACAUAAAGAUUAGUUUUAUAUUGAAAUGAAGAAAAAUUUAAAAAUAUGUCGAUGUCCAAAGUGCAAUAACAUGUGUGAAAAGAUUUCUGGAUGUAAUUUUAUGUAUUGCAGAUGCAAGACAAACUUUUGUUUUCUUUGUGAUGUCGAGCUAACAGAAGCAUACCAUUCAUCACAUUUUUAAAAAAAUGAUCCAUAUAAUAGCCCUUGCAGAGUUUGGUAUAAUGGAACUUGGGUGGAUCCAGAUAAAGUUCCAAAAGUUGAACCUGUGAAAGAAGAAGCUAAAGUUGUUUAAGUUAUCCCAGUUGAAGAAAAAGAAAACAAAUUUCCUUGUCCAAACUGUGGUAGUAAAAAUAAAGACGUGAGUCAACUUUAAUUUUUCGAUAAGGUUGUGUAAUGUUAAAGUGUCAAAUGUUAAAAUUCAACAUUUUGUAUCUCUUGUUAGAAAUCAGUGUCUAAUAAUGAUAUAAUAGGUCAUUUUAAUCAAUAGACAUUAUUAUGCAAAUUUAAAUGAAUAUUACAACACAAAUUUUAUGUUUAAUAAUUUUCAUUCAUUAUU